UAACUCUAGAGGCUCUGGAAUGAACCUGCUGGUUUUGGUGCUCAGAGCAGUGGGACCUACGCUGAGGUGAACCUGAAGCACUGUGGUGCCCACUGUCCAGCUGUCUCUCAGAUGUUUCCCUUUUCUUCUGAGGCACACCUUUAACCUUUGGGGAAAAUGGAAGAACUGAGUCAAGCCCUGGCUAGUAGCUUUUCUGUGUCUCAAGAUCUGAAUAGCACAGCUGCCCCACACCCUCGCCUGUCCCAGUACAAGUCCAAGUACAGUUCCCUGGAGCAGAGUGAGCGGCGUCAGCAGUUAUUGGAACGGCAGAAAUUCAAGCGGCUGGAUUAUGUGAAUCAUGCCAGAAGACUGGCUGAAGAUGACUGGACAGGGAUGGAGAGUGAGGAAGAAGAUAAGAAAUAUGAUGAAGAAAUGGACAUUGACACUGGCAAGAAGUUACCAAAACGCUAUGCUAAUCAAUUGAUGCUUUCUGAGUGGUUAAUUGACGUCCCUUCGGAUUUGGGGCAGGAAUGGAUUGUGGUUGUGUGCCCUGUUGGAAAAAGAGCGCUUAUCGUGGCCUCCAGGGGUUCUACCAGUGCCUACACCAAGAGUGGUUACUGUGUCAACAAGUUUUCUUCACUCCUGCCAGGAGGCAACAAGCGAAACUCAACAACUGCAAAAGACUAUACCAUUCUGGACUGCAUUUACAGUGAGGCGAAGCAGACCUACUACAUUCUGGAUGUGAUGUGCUGGCGGGGCCACCCUUUUUAUGACUGCCAGACUGAUUUCCGAUUCUACUGGAUGCAUUCAAAGUUGCCAGAAGAAGAAGGACUGGGAGAGAACACCAAGCUCAAUCCUUUUAAAUUUGUGGGGCUAAAGAAUUUUCCUUGUACCCCUGAGAGCCUGUGUAAGGUGCUGUCGAUGGAUUUCCCUUUUGAGGUGGAUGGGCUUCUCUUCUACCACAAGCAGACCCACUAUAGCCCUGGAAGCACUCCUCUGGUGGGCUGGCUACGCCCGUACAUGGUGUCAGAUAUUCUUGGUGUGGCUGUGCCAGCUGGGGGCCCACUGACCACCAAGCCAGAGUAUGCUGGGCACCAGCUCCAGCAGAUUAUUGAGCACAAGAGGAGCCAGAAGGAGGGCAUGAAAGAGAAACCCACACAUAAGGCCUUUGACAAUGGGCACUAUGAGCUGGAGCAUCUGUCCACCCCUGAGCUGAAGAGUGAUCCCCACAGCUUGGACCAACUUGGGAGUCGCAUGGAAAACUAAAGAGAGCAGCCUCCUUUGGGUGUCACAGGAAGGUGCUUGGUUUCAGAACAAAGGUUUGGGGGGGAGGACAGUGAUGACAAUAGGUGACUUCAUUUUAGAGUGGACUUUCCAAAGCCACUCCAGCUGGAAACAGCUUAACUCCUGUAAAAAGUGUAUCCCAGAUCCACAAUGUAAAUAUAUGUGAUUCUUAAAAAAGAA